AUGAAGUGUGUGGACUUAAAAGAAGUGCAGCAUUUGCUCAUGAACUGGGUCGAUUCAACUCGUUUGGCAAACCGAGAUCCAAAAGCUGAGUGCGUUAUGAACCAUGGACAGGUUGAGGGCGCCAUGCUUAAAGUAGUGGGUCAGCGAGCCAAUAAACUACAUCACGUAGAACGACUCGUGUGGCCCCAUCUAGUAUCUGGAGAACUUUUGCGACUUAUUGGAGGGCAUUGCGCUGCUUUACAAGAAUUGUGCUUAGCUUGUGACUGUCAGGUGGCCGGGAGAGACGAAGAUGAGAACACGUUCACGCUGAUGGCAGGUAACGGGACGUGGGAAGAUGAUGUGGCAAGAGCAUUAUCCAGCUUGUACGGUCGCGUCCCAGGCAAUUUCUCUGUUACUAAGCCAACGGGUUGUCCGAAACUCAGAAAACUAAUCUUGCCCCAUCUAGAAGAUGAAAAUGGCAUCGCAGCUUCGUCUCUGGCCUGCGCACUUUGUGUCUUGCCUCAAUUGGAAUAUGUGAGUGGAAUUCCAAUGAUGUCUGCGCUCAUGAAAUUUAGAGGAAAAAAUAGUGCAGCUAAGAGCAUUAAACUUAGAAAUAUCGGAGACCACGACCUUUUCAUGCGUCGGCCAUCUCCCAAUGUCUCAUACCUAAAGGAAAUCCUACCUCGACUAGAUUCGAUCGACAUCAUUGCGUCACCAGCCAUAACUCGCGGCUUGGCGCAAAUGUUUCCAAACAUCACAACCCUCAAAAUAGAGUGGCCUGACUUCGAAAAUAGCACCAAAUUGUUUUCGAACCUCGUGACGCUGGACUUAAUUCUAGAUUACCGAGGUGUAUGGCAGCUUCUUCGUAACUUGGGCAAACAUUGUCGUGCUUUAAAAAGUCUAACUUUGCGACAGCCAAGCUUGCUUGUGAGCGACGACCACGAGGAAGGAGUCGCACCACCAAAGUUUGCCACUCUGGAGCAUUUCCAUUUAUUUCGUUCCAGCUUCAUUGAGUUUACAGCAUUCAAAAAUCUAAUGAUGGGCUGCACUAACUUGAAGAAGCUCCACCUUACGUUGAGCAACGAUCGCAAUUACAUCGUGGACGAGUUGGGAGAUGCUCUAAUAAGAAAUGUGAUUCCGUACUUCGGAGUUCUCGAAAGCUUCAAAAUUGAAAGUCUGUAUCGGUACAACCUAUGCAUGCACUUGAAUUGUACACUGUCAAUUGACACAGUUCGCUGCCUCAUCAAACACUGCCCCAACAUCUCCUACAUCGGCCACCUCGAUUCCUGGGAUGUUGUUGAUCAAGAUAUUGAAAAAUUAAUGGAAGAAAUUAAGCAGCAAAAUUUAGACCUUGUGGUACAGUGAAAAGCUUUUCUCGGCGUUGCUAGUUGCCGAAGACCCGAACUGCAGGAAUAAUGUCAUGAGUCGUCUCUCUUGUGGACAGUUGAAUCUUAUUUUGCACAAAAGUUAGUAUCUCUACGAUCACACAAUUUUAUUUAUUGCUCGACCAGCUCUGAAAAUGUUCAGCAUUGCAAUAUUUGCUUAAUAAGAUAAAUGGAAAAUUAU